AUGGAAGCCUCUGGUCUACCCGUAUCGAGCAUUCUCUCAGCUCUUAGAAAAGUCACGCCCCUUCCUGCGGAUAGUGAAUUUUUUCUUCUGUUUGCAGAGAACGGAAUCCUUGUGCUUUUAUUCGUCCUGGCAUACGGGAUGAACCUUUGCAAUGUCACCCACCGGAUACGAAAGCAUGUGGUUCAUGGAGACCCCAAGGAAGCAUGGAGGCUGAAGGAGUCUUAUAGAGAUACAUUUGCCCUGCAGGCCGUCUCGGCAGCCAUCAUUGCCCAGAUUUCCAUCACAAUGCUCGGUCUUGACAACAUGGGCAAUAUCCACUGGAGUGCUACAGCCUUCACAUACAUGAGCAUGGUCAGCGGGAUCUUAUCCACGUACUGCGCAUUCUACAUCCAGGAGAGACUCAGCACCCUCCAUAGCCCCGAGGAUGUCCGCGAUUGGCUUCUAUCGCGGCCAAAUGAGCCUCUGGUUUGGCUUUCUUAUACCUUCACCGGCCCACUACAGAGGACAACCGAUAAUGACCAUCAUAACCGCAACAACCGAAUCCCCUCGAUAUUAGUUGCGUCGGCUCUAUCUGCUCCUAGUGCACUCCUUAGGUUGUCGAUAGUUUUCUGCUUUGUAGCGAUGGCACUUUAUUUGGUAUUCAUGUAUACUGAGAACCUCGGGAGCUUAACAGGGCGUGAUGCAAACAUGGCGGUUCUAAUCAUGGUGUGUAUUUACUCAAUAUCGUUAAUCCCCCGGGUAUAUCUUCCCAUACAUUUAAGGCCGGGAGCGAGAAACGCGUCCUUAGUUAUGAGUGAUCCUGGGCGGCAUUAUGGGGCGGCAGCUAGGGUCUCUGGUGGGACUGGGAAUUUAUCAGAUGAUAUACGAGAUGCACUACAGGCGUCGAUUCGUGCGCAGGAGACUCUGAAGGCCCUGGAGGCCCUUUUGGAGUUGUGGGAGUCUCAGUUGAGGAUGCAAAAUGGUGUAGAAGACCAUCGCGGUGGUUGA